AUGGAGGUGCUGCAGUGUGAUGGCUGUGAUUUUCGAGCUCCAUCUUAUGAAGACCUAAAAGCUCACAUUCAGGAUGUUCACACUGCUUUUCUGCAGCCAACUGAUGUCUCUGAGGAAAGUCCUAGCCAGCCAAGGUCUGGUUCCAUGAAUGCUAGCAACCAGACUGAGGUUGAAUAUUCUUCAGUAAAGGAUGAAUUUACGAUUUCAGAUGAAAUAGCAGGGCAAAAUACAACAAGUCAGAUGGGAACUGGAAGUUACUAUAGCCAGAGCCAGACUUUCUAUGGUCAGCACAUGGCUCCAAAUCCCAAACCAACCAACAAGUUUUUCCAGUGCAAGUUCUGUGUGCGUUACUUCCGUUCCAAAAACCUCCUCAUAGAGCACACACGCAAGGUUCAUGGAACACAGGCUGGGGGGAGCUCAGUGGGGCCACCGACUGCUAGUGCCCUAAAUUACAGCAUCAUGAUGCAUGAAGGGUUUGGCAAAGUUUUCAGUUGCCAGUUCUGCACCUACAAGUCACCCAGGCGCGCGAGGAUUAUUAAGCACCAGAAAAUGUAUCACAAAAACAACCUGAAAGAGAGUUCAACCCCUCCUACUGCUGCUGCUGCUAUGUCUGAAUCAACAUCUGCUUCUGUGCCAGUGCAGGAACCCUGCAAGGAGCUGCCUGCAGAGGUGGUGGAGCGGAGCAUUUUGGAAUCCAUGGUCAAGCCCCUGACAAAAUCUAGGGGCAACUUUUGCUGCGAAUGGUGCAGCUACCAGACACCUCGAAGGGAGCGCUGGUGUGACCACAUGAUGAAGAAGCACCGCAGCAUGGUAAAAAUACUGUCAAGCCUGAGGCAGCAACAAGAUGGAACUGGUGCACCUGAUGUACAGAGUAAGAGUGCCCAGAAUGCCUCUCCAAGCUCUAAUUAUGUCUCAAUGAGUACAACAGGACGUGAGAUGUCGAAUGCUAAUAUCUCAAACUUCAGGAGCUCUAUGGCCAAUUCUCUUAUCAGGCCCAACUCUUCUACAUCUUCCAAGUUUUCUUCUAUGUCUUACCCUCAAAUGAAGCCUAAGUCAUCUCACAACUCGGGCAUAGUUAAUUUGUCUGACAGAUCCCGCUAUGGAAUUGCUGAUAUGACAAAUUCUUCUGCUGACCUGGAAACAAGCAGUAUGCUAAAUGACUCCAGCUCAGAUGAAGAGCUAAAUGAAAUGGACAGUGAGAAUGGCUUGAACUCCAUGGAUCACCAGACCUCAGGAAUGUCUGCAGAGCAGCUGAUGGGAUCUGAUGGCAACAAACUAUUGGAAACAAAGGGGAUUCCCUUUAGAAGGUAUAUGAACAGGUUCCAGUGUCCUUUUUGCCCUUUCCUGACAAUGCACCGCCGAAGCAUUUCCCGUCACAUUGAGAACAUCCACCUGUCUGGGAAGACAGCUGUGUACAAGUGUGAUGAAUGCCCCUUUACCUGCAAGAGUUCGUUAAAGCUUGGUGCCCACAAGCAAUGUCACACAGGAACAACAUCAGACUGGGACGCUAUGAACUCCCAGAGUGAAAGCAUUGCCUCUUCUUUGAAUGACAGCACAGUGUCUUAUGAGAGUGGCAAUAUAAAUGGCAGGAAGUCAGCUGGGAUGAUGGAACCGGUGCAGCCACAGCAGCAACAGCAACAACAGCAGUCUCCUCAGCCCCAUUCACAGCAUCCAUACAAGUGCACAAUGUGCAACUAUUCCACCACAACUUUGAAAGGCCUCAGAGUUCAUCAGCAGCACAAGCAUUCAUUCUGUGACAACUUGCCAAAAUAUGAUGGACCGCCAUCAAACACACCACAAGAGAGUGAGACAGAUGCUCACCCCUCUGCCAGCACAGUGAAGAAGAGCCAGACCUCCAUCCUUGGGCUAUCAUCUAAAAAUAACUUUGUUGCGAAGGCCCCUCGGAAGGUGUCAAAUGACUUCCCGUUAGAUCUCUCUCCAGUGAAAAAGAGAACUAGAAUUGAUGAAAUAGCGAGCAACCUGCAGAGUAAGAUCAACCAAAACAAACAGCAAGAAGAUGCUGUGAUUAAUGUAGAAGAUGAUGAGGAAGAGGAGGAGGACAAUGAGGUGGAGAUAGAAGUGGAGUUAGACAGAGAAGAGGAGCAAACAGAACCAAUGAUAGAGGUUUCCAGUUCUUACGCACCCCAGCAAAUGUGGGGCAGAGAGUCUAAUGAUUCCCAGAAGGAGACAAAUUUUAGAAGCAUGCAGCAUGACUACAAUUCCACCAAUGGAGCGGAGAUUGAGCUCACUUUAUCUGAAGAUGAGGAAGACUAUUAUUCUUCUGUCAGCAUGAAAGGCCAUCAGAGCCCUAAUGCAUCUGUUCUGGGGAACCAGUCAAACAUGUAUGGUACUGAUCAGAACAACGAGAAUUCAGAGUUUAAUGACUCUGGCAGGCUUUACUAUUGUAAACACUGUGAUUUCAGCAACAAAUCUGCCAGAAGUGUUAGCACCCACUACCAGCGAAUGCAUCCCUAUAUUAAAUUCAGCUUUAGGUAUAUCCUGGAUCCAAAUGAUCACAGUGCAGUAUACCGAUGUCUUGAGUGCUAUAUUGACUACACAAACUUCGAAGACCUGCAGCAGCAUUAUGGAGAGCAUCACCCUGAAGCUAUGAAUGUACUGAACUUUGAUCAUUCUGAUCUGAUCUACCGCUGUCGCUUCUGCUCUUAUACAAGCCCGAAUGUUAGAAGCCUGAUGCCACAUUACCAAAGAAUGCAUCCCACAGUGAAAAUUAACAAUGCAAUGAUAUUUUCAAGCUAUGUCAUUGAGCAGCAAGAAGGGCUGAACACAGAGUCUCAGACACUGAGAGAGAUCUUGAAUUCUGCUCCAAAAACUAUGGCAACCUCCACCCCCGUGGCUCGCGGGGCUGGUGUGCCAGCUGGUUAUAACAAAAGUGCCGCCAAGAGUUUUAGUCCUGAAUGUGAAAAUCAGAAGGAACCUGCAGUCAAUACUGUGGUUGUUUAUGACUGUGACGUGUGUUCAUUUGCAAGCCCUAACAUGCAUUCGGUUCUGGUGCAUUACCAGAAAAAGCACCCUGAAGAAAAAGCAUCAUAUUUCAGAAUUCAGAAGACCAUGCGUGUAGUCUCUGUUGACAGGGGCUCUGCCCUGGCUCAGAUGUCUUUUGAGUUGGGGACGCCUGUCUCCCCAAAACUGUCCAACUUGGCUUCUCAACCUCCACCUCCCCCACCACCACCCCCAGACCUUGCUACCGAGCUCUAUUAUUGCAAGCACUGUUCGUACAGCAACCGCUCAGUUGUGGGAGUGCUUGUCCACUACCAGAAAAGGCACCCAGAGAUAAAGGUCACUGCCAAAUAUAUCAGACAGGCACCCCCCACCGCAGCGAUGAUGAGGGCUGGUGAGUUGCCACCUGGUAUUCAGAGGCCACCAGUGUCAAUGCAGCAGUUGAGCCGGGGUGGAUCUGAGACCUCUGUGAAUCCUCCUGAGAACGAAAUGUUCUUCUGCCAACACUGUGAUUAUGGAAAUCGGACUGUGAAAGGCGUGCUUAUUCAUUAUCAAAAGAAGCAUCGUGACUUCAAAGCUAACGCAGAUGUCAUCAGGCAGCAUACAGCCACCAUUAGAAGCCUUUGUGAUCGUAGCCAGAAGAAAUCGACUGGCAGCGUACCUUCUCACACCUCCAGCACCGAACGGGACAAGUCAAAGCUGAGAGCCCUCAAGUGCAGGCAGUGUAGCUACACAUCACCUUACUUCUAUGCGCUGAGGAAGCAUAUUAAGAAAGACCACCCGAGUCUGAAGGCCACGGUCACAUCCAUUCUGAGAUGGGCAUUCUUGGAUGGCUUAAUAGAAGUUGGUUAUCACUGUGAAUGGUGCAUUUAUUCACACACAGAGCCAAGUGGUUUGCUUGUGCAUUACCAAAGGAGACAUCCUGAGCAUUAUGUUGACUAUACAUAUAUGGCAACUAAACUCUGGGCAGGUCCUGAUCCUUCCCCUCCUGCCCUAGUGAUGCCAACAGAGUUAAAGAGCUAUAAAUGUAGAGAUUGCAUUUUUGAAGCAUCUUCCAUUUGGGACAUUACUAAUCACUACCAAGCAUUUCACCCUUGGGCCAUGAAUGGAGAUGAAUCUGUGUUGUUAGAUAUCAUUAAGGAGAAAGAUGCUGCUGAGAAAUCCAUCCCGCAGCCCGAUGACGCUGGGACCAGGAUGGAUUCUGAAGACCAGAUAACAACAUCACAGAUGGAUCAGGAUGCAGAGUGUGCAGAUGAUCCCAGCCUAUCCCAGGAAAAAGCUGUCCAGCUGGCUUCUGCAAACCCUGCCAUCUCCUCCACUCCAUACCAGUGUACAGUUUGCCAGUCUGAAUACAACAACUUGCACGGCCUCCUGACACAUUAUGGCAAAAAGCAUCCUGGCAUGAAAGUGAAAGCUGCGGACUUUGCUCAGGAUAUAGACAUUAACCCAGGGGCUGUAUAUAAAUGCAGACAUUGCCCAUACAUUAAUACACGUAUUCAUGGCGUUCUCACACACUACCAGAAACGGCACCCAUCAGUAAAAGUCACUGCUGAAGACUUUGUGCAUGAUGUGGAGCAGUCAAAUGAUAUUGCUCAGAAUGACGUAGAAGAGACAAGUAGGAUUUUCAAGCAAGGCUAUGGUGCUUAUCGGUGCAAACUCUGCCCUUACACCCAUGGAACACUUGAAAAGCUGAAAAUUCACUAUGAGAAGUACCACAAUCAACCUGAAUUUGAUGUUUUUGCCCAGUCACCACCAAAAAUGUCUGCCCCAGUGGAGCCAGACAUGGUAACUGAAAUCAAGGCCUCCCCCGAAAUUGCUGCUGAGGAUGUUGGAGAAAUCUCUGUGCCAGGACCUCGUUUCUCCAGUUCUCAUUUAGUGUCUCACACAGUUUUCCGGUGUCAGCUCUGCAAAUAUUUCUGUUCGACCCGGAAGGGGAUAGCUAGGCACUACCGCAUCAAACAUAACAAUGUCCGGGCACAGCCAGAGGGCAAGAACAACCUCUUUAAAUGUGCUUUGUGUUCGUAUACCAAUCCUAUCCGUAAAGGGCUUGCGGCACACUACCAGAAAAGACAUGACAUUGAUGCUUACUACACUCACUGCUUAGCAGCCUCCAGGACGGUAAGCGACAAACCCAAUAAAGUGAUCAUUCCAUCUCCUCCCAAGGAUGACACUCCUCAGUUAAGCGAGGAGCUGAGGAGAGCUGUAGAGAAGAAGAAAUGUUCACUUUGUUCCUUCCAGUCCUUCAGCAAAAAGGGUAUUGUGUCCCACUACAUGAAGCGUCACCCUGGUGUUUUCCCUAAGAAGCAGCAUGCGAGCAAGCUGGGGGGUUACUUCACUGCCGUGUAUGCCGAUGAGCAUGAAAAGCCAACUCCAGCCGAGGAGAGGAAUGACUUUGAAAAGCUUGAGGUGGAGACUGAGGCUCAGGAGAUUGAGUGGCUUCCCUUCAGGUGCAUAAAAUGUUUCAAGCUGUCCUUCAGCACAGCAGAGCUGCUGUGCAUGCAUUACACCGACCACCACAGCAAGGAUUUGAAGAGGGACUUCACCAUACUGGGAAGCGGCACCCGCACUCAGAACCCUCUCUACCAGUGCAAGCACUGUGAUAUGAAAUUGCAUAGCACAGCAGAGCUGACCGCACACUUGAAUGGUCACAAUGAGGAAUUCCAGAAGCGUGCCAAACGUCAGGAGAGGAGGAAGCAGCUUUUAAGCAAGCAGAAAUAUGCAGAUGGUGCUUUUGCAGAUUUCAAGCAAGAGAGGGCUUUUGGACACUUGGAAGAUGUUUCAAAACUUAAGGAGAGGAAGGUGGUUGGCUACAAAUGCAAAUUUUGUGUGGAAGUCCAUCCAACACUUCGAGCUAUCUGUAAUCACCUCCGCAAGCAUGUCCAGUAUGGGAAUGUCUCUUCUGUGUCAGCUACAGUAAAGGGUCUGCGAUCUCACGAGAGGAGUCACUUGGCUCUGGCCAUGUUUACCCGGGAAGACAAGUACAGCUGCCAGUAUUGCUCCUUUGUCUCUGCUUUCAGGCACAAUCUGGAUCGUCAUAUGCAGACCCAUCAUGGACACCAUAAGCCAUUCCGUUGCAAACUGUGCCCAUUCAAGUCCUCAUAUAAUAGCCGCCUGAAAACCCAUAUACUGAAGGCUCACGCUGGUGAACAUGCCUACAAAUGUUCCUCCUGCUCAUUUUCCACCAUGACAAUCAGCCAGCUGAAAGAGCACUCCUUGAAAGUGCAUGGGAAAGCACUGACACUACCAAGACCCCGCAUGGUCAACUUUGCAGCCUCACAGGAAUUUAAUUGUCUAAGGAAAGCCAUGACGUUUGAACAGGUGGAAUCUUCAUCUGACUCUUCAUACUCCGAGCCUCCUGAUGUUCAGCAGCAGUUGAAUCACUACCAGUCUGCAGCUUUGGCCAGGAACAACAACAUCAGCCCAAUCCCACUUUCUGUGAGUGCUGCAGGAGUGGAAAAAACAGAAGCCAUCCUUAACUGUGAAUUUUGUGAAUUCUCCUCGGGUUACAUACAGAGCAUUCGGCGUCAUUACCGUGACAAGCACGGAGGGAAAAAACUCUUCAAGUGCAAAGAUUGUUCCUUUUAUACAGGCUUUAAAUCUGCUUUUACUAUGCACGUGGAAGCUGGGCAUUCAGCAGUUCCUGAGGAAGGACCCAAAGACCUUCGCUGUCCUCUUUGCCUAUAUCAUACCAAAUAUAAACGCAACAUGAUUGACCAUAUAGUUCUGCACAGAGAAGAGCGGGUCGUUCCCAUUGAAGUCUGCCGUUCCAAACUGUCAAAGUACUUGCAGGGAGUUGUUUUCCGCUGUGAUAAGUGUACCUUUACCUGCUCCAGUGAUGAGAGCUUGCAGCAGCACAUAGAGAAGCACAAUGAACUGAAACCUUACAAAUGCCAACUCUGCUACUAUGAGACCAAACACACAGAGGAGCUGGAUGCUCACCUUCGAGAUGAGCACAAGGUGAGUCGUAAUUUUGAGCUGGUUGGACGGGUUAACUUGGACCAGCUGGAACAAAUGAAGGGGAAAACGGAGAGCUCCAGCAGUGACGAAGAAGAAAAAGAAGAAGAGUUAAGCCCCAAGACUGAAGAGAGAGAUCCCAUGAUGUUUCCUGACAGCGGUGUUCCAGAGAAACGCUUCCCAUGUGAGUUCUGUGGCCGGUCCUUUACAGAAGGCUCUGAGUGGGAGCGACACGUGCUGAGACAUGGCAUGGCACUGAAUGAAAGCAAGCACAGGACCAGUGAGGACAGCCAGCCAAAGGAGGACAUAGAAGAAACCGUUAGCACACCGCCCGAAGAAAAAGAAGGCAUUGAGAAAAUGAUGGUGGACUAUUCCCACAACAGUGAAACAGCAGUCAGCGUGGUAGCUGCUGACAAAUCUCUCCAAGACAACUCGGAGGCCAAAAAUGAAUAAGCAUUUGGUGUGAUUCUAAUCAACGUACUUGAACGUGAUGAACGGGGUGGGGUGGGUGGGCGGGGUGGGCAGAAGGAAGAAAUAAAGCUGCUUUUAGGACUGAAUGAUCUAUUUUCAAAGCACUGGUACCUGUGUGAGUGUGUGUAUAUUAACGUUAUUUAAGUGAUGGAGUAAGUGGCUCCAUUACAUCACUUCAUCUUUUCUUCUGGAUCUUGACAAUGGGAAGUUACAUUCAUCUUGGACUAAUGAAGCAACUCCCCGUAUUCCUACAUUACACAUCGUGCUUUGCAGUGGAGACUUGGAUUGUUUGUGAAUGGAAGCAUCGUGAGCAUGGAAGAAGUGUGGGGGGGACAACUUUUCAACGCACAAAUUUGGGUGCGUUUUUCUAGUUUUAAUACAUAACGCUUUUCCAGACUGAAUGCAACUGCUUUAGAAAAGAAAAAAA